AUGUAUUCAAUUGAAUGGCAAAAAAGAGGAUUACCGCAUGCCCACAUUCUAAUAUGGCUUAAAGAGAAGUUGCGGCCCAGCCAAAUACACGACAUAAUAAGCGCCGAGAUUCCGGAUCCUGAGCAAGAUAAAGAAUUGUAUGAUACCAUCGUCCGAAAUGUGAUUCACAUUCCAUGUGGAGCACGAAAUUCAAUAUCGCCAUGUAUGAAAGAAGGAAAAUGUACAAAGAAAUUCCUUAACCAGCACAAUGACAAUGACUACGCUUUAUACAGACGCAGAGCUCCCGAAGAUGGUGGCAGGAAAUUUACAAUCAAAUUUCGCUCUGGAGCGUUCGAAACCUUAGAGCUGUUAGCUGGAUUGUCCCGUAUUCGCCCAUUCUAUGUAAAAUGUUUAAUGCCCACAUUAAUGAGUGAAGGUGAGGCAAAUCCCGUUAAUGAAGUACAGACCUUUCAAGCAGGGCGUUAUGUCAGCAGUAACGAGGCAGCGUGGCGUCUCCUUGACUUCCCUUUACACGAAAGGCACCCAACUGUUACUCACCUUGCUGUGCACUUAGAAAAUGGAGAGCGUGUAUAUUUCACGAAAAGAAAUUUCCAAGAAAGUAUUGCAUCACCGCCAAAAACUACACUAACAGCCUUCUUUCAACGUUGUCAAACCGCCCCCUUUGCAAAAACGUUGUUAUAUUCUGAAUUCCCCCGCUAUUAUACUUGGAACACAUCUAGGAAGGAGUGGAAACGCCGAAUUCAAGGCGCGCCUGUUGCUAAUUGGCCCAGUGUAAAGUCAUCAGAUGCCCUUGGUCGUGUGUAUACCGUCCAUGUAACUAAUUUUGAAUGUUUCUGUUUACGAUUGCUGCUGCACCAUGUUCGGUGUCCUACAGGAUAUAAAGACCUUAAAGUUGUCAACGGUCAGGUAUGCGCAACUUAUAGAGAAGCAUGUGAAGCUCUGCAUCUUUUAAAAAACGAUAAUCACUGGGAUGAAACCAUGGAGGAAGCUGUGCAGUGCCAGUCACCAGCCAAAAUUAGGGAUCUUUAUGCAACUCUCAUAUCAUCUUGCAGGCUAUCUAAUGCACAUGAAUUGUGGGACAAAUAUAAAGAGUACAUGGCGGAAGAUAUUUUGCGAAGGUUACAGCAGACACACGCGAACAUGACAUACAAUGAACACAUUUAUAAUGAAGCACUUGGAAAAAUUGAAGAUAAAGUAAUGCCAAUGGUAGGCAAAAAAUUAAGUGACUUUGGAAUGAUAAGCCCUCAGCAAACAACCGAAAAAGAACUAAGUGAUGAAAUUAUACGUGAAACAAACUACGAUAUACCAGCUUUGCAGCAGCAAGUAGCCGAAUUUGUACCCCGCUUGCUUCCCGAACAAAAACGAGUUUUUGACAAAGUAUUAGGACAAAUUGAAUCUGGAAAUGGUGCACUUUUCUUUUUAGAUGCCCCUGGAGGAACUGGGAAGACAUUUUUGUUAAACUUAUUAUUAGCGCAAGUACGUCAAGAUAAAAACAUUGCUGUGGCCGUAGCUUCCUACGGUAUAGCCGCCACGCUGCUAAGCAGGGGCCGCACUGCGCAUUCUGUUUUAAAACUCCCUCUAAAUCUAGCCCAGCAAGAAUCGCCGAUCUGCAACUUUAGCAAAAAUAGUGCACGAGGUAUAAUGCUACGAUAA